AUGGCUGCCAACAAGAGCAAUGGCAGCAACAACACGACGUGGCGGUGCGAGCCGUGCAACGUCAAGAACGGAGGGAAGUACAAGUACUGCUGGAAGUGCUGGGGUGCCCGCCCGACAGCGGCAGCCGCAGGAGCUUCCAGUGCGGCGGCAGGAGAGGCCUCCGAGGACAAGAGCCACGACGAGCAGCUCGCCAAGGUGCAGCACUACCGUGCCAAGCUGGCGGAGCUCAGGAAGCUCGCCGAGGACCCGUUCCUGGAGGAGUCCCUGCAGCCGCAGGUGGCGCAGCUCGAGGACAAUCUCGCCGCCGAGCAGGCAGCCUUGGAGACAGGAGUGCCGCGCUGCUUCGCCGAGCGCAGAGUGUACGAGACAGGAACAGAGUCGCGGAGCAGAAGAAAUAGUGAGCAGAGAGACGCGCUCGACGAGAAGCUCGCCGACGAGCGCAGCAAGCUGGGCAAGUUCGACACCAAGCUCGACACCUUGGACAAGAAGAUCAAGGAGUUGGCCGUCCCUGCCCCAGGGAAGGGAUGGGCAGCAGCGCUCGCCUUCCUUGAGCAGGCCGAGCGAUGCCUCGACGACGACGGGAGCGAGAAGCGGGAGCAGCUCGCCGCCGCCGUCGCCCACGCCAAGGAGCAGAAGGCACAGGAGGAAGAGCGGGCCAAGCACGCCGAGCGCCUCCAGAAGGCCAGGGCGGAGCAGGCACGCGCUGCCAAGGAACGGGCUGGCAGCGCCGACAACCGCAAGCGGAGCUGCCCCGAGGGCCCACCCAAGGAGGACCUCCUCGAGAUCCCCGCGGGCGCCAACGAGCAGGACAUCUGCAGGGCUCUCGUCGGCGUGGGGGUCACUCCCGGCCAGGCUGGUAAGGUGGUUGCUCCUCUUGACUUGCUGGUGGGCGAGCUGCAGGCUGGACACACCCUCACCAUCAGCAAGACGCAGUGGGCGCGCCUCGCCGUGUACACGGUCAACGCCAACGCGGCGAAGUCGCUGGAGCGCGUCAUGAAGCAGAUCAGAGACAGAGACAGGGACGCCAUCGUCCUUGGCCAGGAGCUGCAGGCCAGCGGCACGCAGCUCGACUUGUUCCAGACCCGCAUGCGCAGGGAGGGCUGGGACGUCGGGGUAGUGAGCAGCGCGAAGACCACAACUGGCCACAGCGCUGGAGUUUUGAUAGCGACGCCACGAAGCAGGGGCAUGGACUUCGUGCGCAAAGGGAUCAACCAGUGGGACAUCAGCCCGCGGGAGUCAAAGGGGCGACUCGCCGUGGCCUGGAUCGACGCCUACAGCAAGGAGGGGCUCGUGCUCGGGGCCGCACACCUGUGGAACAGCGAGGGCCUCACGCAGAGGAACCAACGCAUCCUGGCCAAUUGGGGUGCCACCAUGAACGCGAUCCAGAAAGAGUGGACCCUCGGGGGCGACUUCAACAUGGACCCAGAGAAGCUGGAGCAGGCCGAGAUCGUCCGCAAGAUGAACGGGGUCACCGUGCACGACACUCAGCAGGGCAGCUGCAUGAGGAAGGAUGGCACGAGGAGCACGCGCGACUACUUCAUCGUCUCGCGCGGGCUGGUUGCACCUACGCUCCAGGCAGAGGUCCAAGAAGGGUACGACACGUCGCCGCACUUGCCCGCCAAGAUGAGGUCGCCAGUGCACCACCAGAGCGACAACAUGAUCAACGUGCUGUGCAAGCGGACGCCGUGGCCGCUGACGCGGCCAACGGGAUGCCCCUCACAGCCAGCGCGGUGGCCGAAGCCGCUUGCACACAGGAAGUACACGCAGAGCCAGGUCGACGGCUACUGGAGCGAGCUCGGGGAGGCCUACGGGAAGCACCUGGACAGGUACCGCAGCUUCGAAGGCGACGACUGGAGCAAGCGACAGGGCCACUUCGAGAAGGCCAACUACAAGCAGAAGCCGCGCAGGCCCAAGCCCUGCACCGCGGCACUGGAGCAGCAGCAGUGGGCCGAGGCAGCCGAGUGGCUCGCGCGGCGGCUGCGCCAGCUGAGGCAUCUGGCCAACGCAUGGCAGCAGCGGCGAGACGCGGGCACACUACGGCGCGCCCAGCACAUUGUGGACGGUCUCUUCAGCCACGACAUCGUCAUGCCGCUGUUCGCAGAGCGAGCCCCUGGACAGGCGACCGAGAAAUGCAAUGACACGGACGAGGAGGACGGGCUGUUGGAGUCAGAGGACGCUUUCGGGGGGAGGCGGCAGGGGCACAGGACCGCUACGCGGUCGGAGCGCCUCCCACCGAGGGCCAGCAGGACCCCGACGCAUGGGGCACGAUUCGCUGGCCGCUCAUCGCACGCGCGCUGCGGGACUGGCGCGUCAGUGGCAUCGACGAGCGCCCAGAACUACCUGGGCUUCAUAGCCACGCUGCUGGACCUCGGCAGCAAGAGAUACUGGAAGGUGGUGCACCGAGCGGCCGCGGCGCAGUGGCGGCAGCGGGUGACCACGCACGCCGACAGCGACCAGAUGCACGGGCUCACGCACCCCCAGGAGGCCGCCGACGCCGCGCUGCAGGGGCGGGAGAACAUCUGGCACGACCCGCUCGAGCCGAGGGCGCCGUGGCUCCAGCCGCCCACGGGGAUCGAGUGGGCAGAGGCCAAGCCGCCGCCCAUCGCCCCGCAGCAGGUGAUCGAGGCCUGCGGCCGCUUCAGGACCAAGACGGGGCCAGGGGGGUCGGGAUGGCACCCGAGACCCUGGCGCGAAGGAGGAAUCCAAGGAGCCGCGAGGGUGGCCAGCACCCUCAACGCCCUGGAGGCGGGCUCGCCCUGGCCGCAGGCGCAGGACACCAUCCUGUUCUACCUGCUGGCGAAGGCGUCGGGCGGGCACCGCAACCUCGGGCUGAUCCCCGAGCUGGCGAGGCCGUGGGAGACCAUCCGCAUGCCGUGCGCCAGGAGCUGGGAGCAGAGCCACCGCAGGGGCUACGACUGGGCCGCGAGAGGGAGGUCCAGCGAGAGGGCCGCCUGGGAGCAGGCGCUGUUCUGCGAUGCCACGGUGGCCCAGGGGCUGGAGUACGCCGUCACGUACUUCGACCUGGUCAAGUGCUUCGAGUACGUCACGCACGAGAAGGUGUGGCAAGCAGGCACGCGUUCGGGAUUCAACGCGGUGAUCCUGGAUAUGGUGCUGCGCAUCUACUCGAUGACGCGGCGCAUCGUGUUGGACAACGCAUAUACGGAGGGGUCGAGGUGGGCGCGCGGCAUCGUAGCGGGAAGCCGCCUCGCGCCCCUCUGCCUCAAGAUGGUUAUCUUCGGGGAGCUGGACGGGGUCAUCGCCAACUUCCCGCGGGCCUCGGUCUGCCUCUUUUUCGACGACCUGGCGGUCGCCACGCGGGGCGCGAGGCUGUUAGUGCAGUACUGGCACACGCAGUUGGUGCAGGCGCUCGUGGACAUGUUCGAGCGGCUGGACAUGAAGGUCUCCAAGGGCGCGGAGGGCAAGACGGUCACCAUGGCCUCGACCACCGCGCUGCAGGACGGCCUCGCCAGGCGUGUGCACCCGCUCGGCAUCAGGAUGGCACGACAUGCCGAUCACCUCGGCGUCGCCACUGCUGCCGGCAGGAGAAGACGAGUCAGCGCCUUCAGCAAGAGGGCCAGCCAGUACGCAGCGCGGCGAGAUCGCAUCGCCCGCAUACGCCGAGCAGGUGGGCCUGCGCAGGCGAUCAUCAGACAGGGGAAGGUGCCGUCGGCGAUGCACGGGGUGCAGGUCAUGGGCAUGGCCAACGCCACCCCCGCCUCCCUGCGGCAGAGCGUGGCGACCUCCUUCAGGGGUACCACCAUGGGGAGGUCGUCGCCGCUCACGCUGCUUGCGCAGGGCGCCGACCCCGCCAUCCGCGCCAACGCGGAGCCGCUGGUCAACUGGGCCAUGGCGUGGCAGGAGGUAGCCAACCAGGACGGCCUCCAGUCACAGCUCCAGAGUGCGCGGAAGAAGUGGGUACUACGAGUGGGGCGGGCAAGAGCCCCAAGGCAGCAGGUGCGAGGGCCCGCAGGGGCCUUCAUCGCCGCGGCACAGAGGCUGGGCUGGGAGACGCUCGCGGCGCAAAGCAUCACCAUCGGCGAGGGGCACCUGGACCUCAGGACGCUGCCGCUCAGAUACCUGAAGCAGCGCAUCAGCACGGCCACGGAGAACGGGCUAAAGAGCCACUGCCCGCGCAUCCACGGCGAGACGCACGGCCUGGACAGCCUCUUCGUGGAGCCCGUCGCCGCGCUGCUCAAGAGACCGCUGAGCAAGAAGUGGACGCUGGGGCACCAGACUCGGGUGCGCAACCUGCGGUGCGGCGGCACCUGGCCGCAGCGACGGCUCUUCGACAAGGGCGCCGCAGAGGACAGCACGUGCAAGCCCUUCCACGAGUGCGAAGGGACGGACCGCCACAGGGCGUUCGUGUGCUCGGCCAGGCAGAAGCAGCUGGCGGCCUCCGAAGCGCUCUGGGGGAGAGGGCUCGCAGCGGACCCAGCGCUGGAGUACGACCUCUGGAACUUGCCCUCCUCGUCCACCUGCGAGGUGGAGGGCGCCUUCGACGGCCUCGCGCACGGCGACAUCUACACGGAUGGCAGCCUGCUGUACGGGGCAUACCCGGCAUUGAGAAGAGGCGGCUGGUCUUUCGUGAAGCUCGACAAUGAGCACCAGAUGGGGUGCGCCAUGUUCGGGCCGUUGGAAGGGCCGCAGCACGACCAGUCGAUUUACAAGAGCGAGCUGACGGCGUUCCUCCAGGUCUUGCGGAGGGCAGCCCCGCCUGUGCGGAUCUUCAGCGACUGCCAGUCGGUGCUCGGCGGCUCCGCGAGAGGCCCGGAGUGGGCCGCCAGAGCAGACACGACCCACAAAGAGGUCUGGCAGGAGUGCUGGCGGCUCGUGCGAGAAAACGGCGGGGUAGGUAGGCAAGGGAUCGUCUUUUGUAAAGUCACAGCUCACGCCACGCGGGCCCAAAGGGCCAUGAUAGGGCCCCAGCUGUUCAUCGGGGAUAAACUUGCGGACGCCUGCGCUAAGCGUGGGGCUCAACUGCACCAGCGCGCGGCCUGGUACAGGGCCGCGUAUAUUCAGAGUUUCCAGUUGGUCUCAGACAUCCGGGAAUUCGCCGCGCACGUCGGGGUUCUCGGUCACGGGCUCGAGGACACUGCCGGGGGCCCAGGGCCCUCUGAGGACCAGGGCAGCCCCGCCCCCGCCCCGACGCCCAGUGAGGGA